CGAAGACAGACGACAUGCUGCCUGCUGUUGUAAAGCUCUGCUGUGGAAUCUCCUACCCACAUCUGAGGAGCAUGGCAGGACUUCAACGCACAGCUGUGGCAGUGAUAGGCCAAGAGAUCACACGCCUGCAGCGAUGGGCACAGGUCCAACAGCUCACAAGGCAACAAGCUGAUUUAAGUUACAUCGAAUCUUUUGCAGAACCCAAACCAAAGAACAUCAAAUCCGUUCCGGUGAAAGAAAACCACCUGUAUGUGCAGCAAGGUCAGGAAGCGAUGAGGAGCGCUCUCAGCAUCUUAGAAGACAAAGAAGGAUGGAAGGUUGAGAUCACACAGAGCAACGGAGACGUGGUUUGCAGCAAAGUCAUGCCCGGGGGCAGGAAGGUCUUCAGGCUGGAGGUGGUCCUGGAGGCCAGCGUGGAGGAGCUCUACGACGUCCUGUUUGUCAGGGUGGAAGAGAUGCACCAGUGGAACCCCAGCAUACAGCAAAUAAAAGUUUUGAAACACGUUGGACCAGAAACAAUUGUAACUCAUGAGAUAUCGGCAGAGACGGCGGGGAACCUGAUUGGCCAGAGGGACUUCCUGAGCGUCAGACACAGCUGCAAACACAAGGCGGGCAUUUAUCUUGGAGGAGCGGCCAUUGAGCUGGAGUCUUUCCCGCCUCAGACGGGCUUCGUGAGAGCCAAGGAUGGACCGACCUGCAUCGUCAUGCAAGCUCUGGACGAAAACACAACAAAAACACACUUCACAUGGCUCCUCAAUAUGGAUGUCAAGGGCUGGUUGCCAAAGUCCAUUGUCAAUCAGACUUUGCCGCGAGCACAGCUGGAUUUCACCAGACACCUCCGCAGACAUGUGAGCCUGCGCUGA